AUGAGACGAAGAAUCAGCCCCCAGUGUGCAAAUUACAGGGCUCUGAGUGGUGGGGAGGGGGUUGGGGACUAUAUAUCCACCGCCGGGCCUAACCAGGCAUUGAAGUCUCCCAAGAUGCGUGUUAUCUUCGCUUGCCUCCUCUUCGUCGGCUUGGCUCUUGCCAUGCCAGACACCUCCAAGACCGAAACCAAGAAAAACGAGUACACGACCAAGUAUGACAACAUCGACUUGGAUGAGAUCCUCAACAACACCAGACUCUUGGACAAAUAUUUCAACUGCCUCGUUGAGAAGGACAAGUGUACUACAGAUGGAAAAGAACUCAAAGAUAUCGUACCUGACGCACUGACAACAGCCUGCUCCAAAUGUAACGAAAAACAAAAAGGAGGAGUCGAAAAGGUACUCAGGUUCCUCAUCGAAAAGAAGAGGGAUUACUACGAUGAAUUGUCCAAGAAGUACGAUCCAGAAGGCAUCUACCUGAAGAAGUACGAAGCCGAGGCUCAGAAACGUGGAAUCAAAAUUUAAAGGACUACACGACCAACGGGAAUGAAAUAAUAACUUAAUUAUUUAAUUUUAAAAAUAAAACUUCUUAAUAUAUAAU